AUUGCAGUUUUCCCCUAAUUAUUCUGUUCCUUUUGAUCAGUCUCCUGACUUUUGCAUCUGCCCACACAUGCUGGUGCAGACAAGGCAAAAGAACAUUGGAUCUGUAUUUUGAGAUUUCAAGAGUUUGUAUUUGCAUUUGACUUGUUAGGAGAGGGGGAAGAAGAGUUAAGAGGUUAUCAUUGGGUUGGAAUGUCAUUAACAACAAAAUCACAUCCAGCUGUACAGUGGUGGGUACCUGUGUUUUUAUUCAUCUAUUCAGGGGGAAGGAUUUCUGAUUACACAUUUGCUCACUGACAGAUUGAUUUUUAGUAUUGUAAGACAGUAUUCAGUUAAUUUUAGAAAAAGUCAAUUGUCUUAGUCCAAUCAGGCUAUAAUUACAAAAUACCAUGAACUGGGUGGCUUAUAAACAACAGACAUUUACCUCUCACAGUCUGGAAUCUGAGAAGUCCAACAUCACAGUGCUGACAGAUUCGGUGUGUGGUGAGAGUCUGCUUCCUGGUUCAUAGACAGCCAUCUUUCCCUCUGUAUGCGAACAAGGCAGAAGGAGCAAAGGAGCUCUUUAGUUACUUCUAUAAGGGCUCCGGUACCAUUCAUGAGGGCUCCACCCUCAUGACCUAAUUACCUCCCAAAGGUUCUUCCUCCAAAUACCAUCUUGUUGGGUGUUAAGAUUUAACGUGAAUUUGGGAGGGACACACACAUUCUGUCUCUAGCAGUCAUUUAUUAGUACAGUUGGCAAAUUAGUUUUUCUAUUGCCACUGUAAUCCUUCCUCCUUAUCUUCAAAGCCAACAAGGUCUCAUCUCUGACCCUUUGUCAGCUCUUUCUCUCUAACCACAGCUGGGAAAGGGCUUCUGCUUUUAAGGACUUAGAUGAUUUGAUUGAGCCCAACAGGAUAAUCUCCCCUCCUCAAGAUUUAUGAAAAUAUGCAUCAGUUUAAUACUGUCUUGGAAUUCAUGAGAUGGAAGCAUAGGUCAAAGUUGUUUGGAGAAAAUUGGAAGUACAGUUUUAUCUAGUCACAUCUUUGAGGAGUCAGGAGAAAGUGGUGGAAGUUGGAGUCAUUGUCAAGUGAUCAAGACCUUUUACAAGAAAAUUUCAUUGAAUAAAGGUCAUUUAAAUUAGUGACUUAACAAGACCAGUUAUUGAAGGUGACAGUAUACAAGAAACAUUAAAAUUGAACAAUGACUCAGCUAUAUAUUUAUAUCAGAUUAUUGGGGGCCUUUCUGUUCAUCAUUUCUCAUGUUCAAGGGCAGAAUCUAGACAGUAUGCUCCAUGGUACUGAGAUGAAAUCAGACUCCGACCAGAAAAAGUCAGAAAAUGGAGUAACCUUAGCACCAGAGGAUACUUUGCCUUUUUUAAAGUGCUACUGCUCAGGACACUGCCCAGAUGAUGCUAUUAAUAACACAUGCAUAACUAAUGGGCAUUGUUUUGCCAUCAUAGAAGAAGAUGACCAGGGAGAAACCACAUUAGCUUCAGGUUGUAUGAAAUAUGAAGGAUCUGAUUUUCAGUGCAAGGAUUCACCAAAAGCCCAGCUACGCCGAACGAUUGAAUGUUGUCGGACCAAUUUAUGUAAUCAGUAUUUACAGCCUACACUGCCCCCUGUUGUUAUAGGUCCAUUUUUCGAUGGCAGCAUUCGAUGGCUGGUUGUGCUCAUUUCUAUGGCUGUGUGCAUAAUUGCUAUGAUCGUCUUCUCCAGCUGCUUUUGUUACAAACAUUAUUGCAAGAGCAUUUCAAGCAGACGUCGUUACAAUCGUGAUUUGGAACAGGAUGAAGCAUUUAUUCCAGUUGGAGAAUCAUUAAAAGACCUUAUUGACCAGUCACAAAGUUCUGGUAGUGGAUCUGGACUACCUUUAUUGGUUCAGCGAACUAUUGCCAAACAGAUUCAGAUGGUUCGACAAGUUGGUAAAGGCCGAUAUGGAGAAGUGUGGAUGGGUAAAUGGCGUGGUGAAAAAGUGGCGGUCAAAGUGUUUUUCACCACUGAAGAAGCAAGCUGGUUUCGAGAAACAGAAAUCUAUCAAACUGUGCUAAUGCGUCAUGAAAACAUACUUGGUUUUAUAGCAGCAGACAUUAAAGGGACAGGUUCCUGGACUCAGCUCUAUUUGAUUACUGAUUACCAUGAAAACGGAUCUCUCUAUGAUUUCCUGAAAUGCGCUACACUAGACACCAGAGCCCUGCUCAAGUUGGCUUACUCGGCUGCCUGUGGUCUGUGCCAUCUCCACACAGAAAUUUAUGGCACCCAAGGAAAGCCUGCAAUUGCGCAUAGAGAUCUAAAGAGCAAAAACAUCCUCAUCAAGAAAAAUGGAAGUUGCUGUAUUGCUGAUCUGGGCCUUGCUGUUAAAUUCAACAGUGAUACAAAUGAAGUUGAUGUACCCUUGAAUACCCGGGUGGGUACCAAACGCUAUAUGGCUCCAGAAGUGCUAGAUGAAAGCCUGAACAAAAACCAUUUCCAGCCCUACAUAAUGGCUGACAUCUAUAGCUUUGGCCUGAUCAUUUGGGAAAUGGCUCGUCGUUGUGUCACAGGAGGGAUAGUAGAGGAGUACCAGUUGCCAUAUUACAACAUGGUACCCAACGAUCCAUCAUACGAAGAUAUGCGUGAGGUCGUGUGUGUCAAACGUUUGCGGCCAGUUGUGUCUAAUCGAUGGAACAGUGAUGAAUGUCUACGAGCAGUUUUGAAGCUAAUGUCAGAAUGCUGGGCCCACAAUCCAGCCUCCAGACUUACGGCUCUGAGAAUCAAGAAGACACUUGCCAAGAUGGUUGAAUCCCAAGAUGUAAAAAUUUGACAGUUAAACAAUCAUGAAGAGAAAUUCCAGACUACAAGAACUGUUUUCACCCAGGGAAUGGGUGGAGUUAGUGUAGAUUAAGGAUGUUAACUUGGUUCUCAGACACUUUCCUCACUACACCUUCACAGGCUGCUAAUAUUAAACCUUCCAGUACUCUGUAAAAUACAGCUGGGAACUUCUAGACACUUAAUUCUUUAUAUAUGGACAGCUUUGUUUUAAAUGUGGUUUUUGAUGCUGUAUUUUUUUGGAGGGGGAGGUUUUAUGAACUGCAUCAAGACUCCAAUCCUGAUUAAGUCUCCAGUCAAACUCUGGGUACUGAAUUAACUGAUAAUAAAACGGUGCUUUCUGUGAAAGCCUUAAGAAGAUAAAUGAAUUCAGCAGAGAUGGAGAAGUAACACUUUUGCCUUCUACGUAAGAAAAUUUAAUCUAUUUGUAUUCUACCUUUGUAAACAGCCUAUGGAUUAUGAUCUGUUUGGGAUACUGCUUAGUUUAUGAUAGUUGGUCAUGCCUUGAUAAUGGGGGAUGUGUGUGUGUGUGUGUGUGUACAUACAUGCACACCAGGAUUCCUCUGCUGCCAUUUGAAUUAGGAGAAAAUAAUGCACAGGAAGAUACUGGUUUGGGGCUUUAAAAAAUACAUUAUCUGACCAAGAUUCGCCAGUUACAUAAAAGCCAUUUACCAUGCAGGUGAGCUAGCUUCUCUACCAACUUUAUUUUUAAUAUAAAGUUGUUAUAAAGGCCAAAAGACAUUUAAAGUCUGUAAGUGUGGAUUGUUUUCCUCCACCAUCUUUUUUUUUUUAAUAAUUACUGUUUUUACUAUGAAAAGCAUCCUGUUUAAAGUUGGAGCUUCCAAUGCCAUGAACCUUCUAAAGAAAACACUUCUUAUUGAAGUGAAUUACUAAUUACUGCAUUUGAUAGCAAUGUAAGUGCCUACAGCCAUGUUCUGUAUUCUUUAUUCUCAGUAAUUUUUAAAAGGGAAGUUAUUUAUAUUUUGUGUAUAAUAUUCUUUAUUUGUGAAACACCUCUUUUACAACCAUAUUUUAUAUGUAUACAUACAUACAUUCAUACUGUAGAAACAGAGCUCACAUGUACCUCAGAUCCCAUGCUUUAAGGGAAGGAAAUUAAAAGAUUAUCAGAAAAAAUAAUAAAGUAUAACUACAUGUAAGUUUUAAGAUUUAGCACAUUCAAAAUAAUCUAGGAUUUCAUUAACUUCAGGCCAUAGACAUUCAUAAAGAUAGCUAUCACCUCAAAUUUCCUUUAUGAAAAGAUCUUAUGAAACUAGAAAUUUCUAUUUCAGAAAUGAUAAAAAUUUAUCAACAGCUAUUUUAGACAUUUAAGUCAUUUGAGAGUUUUGGUUUUAUGAUCUCUAUUUCAUAAUUCGUGAAGGCAAUGAAGAGUCAGGAAAAAAAGUCCAGUAUCUAAUCAGUAUCUGUUAUCUCUACUGUUUAGGCGUUACUCAAUAAAAUGCUGCAUAUUUUAUGGAUGCCUUGUUAUCCCUAGGGAUAAUUCUGACUUACUUAAACUUAUAUUUCUGUAAUGUCCUUUAAAUAUUAAUGUCUAUUCUGAACAACCAAUAGAUCAUAAAGUGAGGCAGUUUUCUUUGAGUAUGACAUAAAAUAAAUGUAAUUAUAUCAGCAUUAUAGUCAAAAAACUUUAAUAAAGGGAAAAGUCAGAGCAUGUGCGUCCAUUACCAAAAAUUUGGCUUUUAAGGAUGAAACAUAUAUUUGACUGUACAUCAAAUUUAAAAAUUUUGAAACUAACAGUUUUGGCUAAAUUUAAUAAUUUUCAUCUAAGACUAAAAGUGUUCAUCAAGAUAAGUAAAUUUACAUAAUGACAAUACCCAAUAACUUCCUCUUUCAGAAUGUUUUCCCCAUCUCUAUACUGAGAAAUACAGAUAUUUUAAUCUAAAUUGCCAAGUGAUUUAAGAAUACUUAAGAACUCUGAUCUACUUGUUAGUCUAAGGUUAACCUGAAUUAAUUUUUUUAUUUGAUAAACUAUAAAUCUUUAAAUUAUUUGUCAUCUUAAAAUAUGUAAGGAAAAAUGUAAGGAAUAAGCUCUGUUCUUUAAAACAUUAAUUUUAGUAUAUGUAAAAAAAUUAGUUUAUAAGUACGAGAUCACUAAUGAUUUUUUUAAUUAAAUUGAUUUAUUAAAAAUGAUAUCAAGAUUAACCUUAGAAACUUGUUCAGUAACUAUUUUCUAGUAUAGCAUGUUCUUUAAAAAGCAAAUGAUGCCAUAUAUGAAAUCCUAAACUUUAAAAAAGUUGCAUAAAACUUUCUUCUGUUCUUAUUACUCUUACUCUUAAAUUUAUAAGUUUACCCAGUAAGUAAAAUAUUUAAAGACUAAGAAGUAUUAUGUAUCAUCAUAGAUAGUAAUUUGUGAAACCCUAGACACCCAUUGUUUGGUUCCAGUUAAAAGUUUCGCAUUUUAAAAAUGUGUGGCUUCUGUCUGUCAUCCUUUUAAAUAAUGCACACAUAAAAAAAAAAAAAGCAAAGCUACUUGAAUACCACAAAAGUUAACACCCAGAAUUCCUAUAAGUUCUCGAUAUACUGGUAAAUAUCUCUAGAAUUCAAAGGCACAUUAGGAUUGUGUUUAUUCUAAGCUUUGCCUGUGCUUUCUUACUGAACACGUUACUGAAGUAUAAAAUUUGAAUCUAAUUCUCUGGAAAUGAUUUCACAAAAGAUAUUUCAAUCAAUGUUUUAUGCUGCAUUUCCAAUGUCCCAGGAGUUUUCUAAACUUAAAAAAUGACCAGUAGUUUUUGAAAGUUAUGUUUUCAUAGAAUGUGCCAGAUUUUGUAUUUAUGCACUCUAAAAAGGAUUUAGUACCUUUUUUCCCCAGAUGCUUUGCUUCUGUUUAGAACAAAAAUGCAAUACAAUUUUUAAAAGAAUCGUGCAUCUGAGUUGGCUCAAGAUCAAAUAAUUUAUUCCAGCCAAGAUUUUAUAAAUUAAUUCACCUAUGUUUCUUUUCAUACAUGUUGUUUCUGAAUAUCUAAAAUAAUUGUAACAGCUGUAAUACUAAUUGAUUUAAAAGGAUUAUUGCAGCUCUUGUACUGUUUGAAAGUGGUAAUAUUUAUUAUUUCCUUGGGUCAGAUCUUAAAAUAAUGGUGUAGCAGUUCAUCUUCUUGUCUCAGUACUGUUACAAAGUCACAGAAAAACUGCAGAGAGCUGACAUGUUCAUAAAAAGCAAAUUAAAUCUGGGGCAGCAUCACAUGAAGCCAUGGGUAAUGAUUGUCCCAUAAGGAAAGUAUGUGAAUAGUGCUUUUGCAAGAGUAAAUAUAUUACUGUAAUUUUAGCUUGUGCUCUGUACCAUGCUUUCAAUGGAAUUAUUUAAGCCCUUUUAGUGAUUGUUGUCCUUGCCCAUUUAAAAAUGAAAGUGUAGUAUAUAUUGUAUAAAAUAACAUUAUAGCUUAAUUAGGGAAGUUGUACAUAGACAUUGAAAGGUGGGUUAAAACAAGCAGUUUUAUUAAGCAGUUGUAAAACACCAAAAAUAUAGAUUCAUCUUUGAUAUGUAACACACUAAAUGUAUUUUGUAUAGCAUCUGGUUUAAAAGGUGCCUUAUUAAGUUUACCAUUAAUUGCUUUGUUCUAUAUAUAGAUUACAUCCAAUGUAUCAUUUUUAAGUAAAUAACCUUAUUUUAGUAUA